CAGCCUGGCCUGCGGUCAAGCUCCGCCCUCCACAGGGGGGAGAGAGAUACAUCCUCGUUUCCAGCCGUCGACGAAUUCCCAAAACUGCCGUCGUAGUUUAGUUGCUGGAUUUGUAUUUUUUAUACCGACGUCAGGUGUUCGGGGGAGCAGAAUGUGAAGAUUUCUGCAGUAAUAGACGCCAGACUCAAAACGAGAAGAUGGACGCCAGUUCGUAGCUAACGAAACGCCUUCAGAGCUGCUGAGUUGUCCUGCUUCUUGAAGUGAUCCCUGUAUCUGCAGUCAUGGCUCGGGGUUGCAUUUGCUGCGUCAAGUACAUGCUCUUCCUCUUCAACCUCUUCUUCUGGCUGGGCGGCUGCGGCUUGCUGGGUGUCGGGGUUUGGCUUUCGGUUUCCCAGGGCAGCUUUGCCACGCUGUCCCCCUCCUUCCCGUCGCUCUCCGCCGCCAACCUCAUCAUCACCCUGGGCGCCGUUGUCAUGGUGACGGGGUUCCUGGGCUGUCUGGGAGCCAUCAAGGAGAACAAGUGUCUGCUGCUGAGCUUCUUCAUUGUUCUCUUGAUCAUCCUUUUGGCUGAACUGAUCCUCCUCAUCCUCUUCUUCGUUUACACAGACAAGGUGAGGGAAAAUGCCAGACAGGACCUGAAAGAGGGGCUGGUGCUCUACAACACGGAGAACAACGCGGGCCUGAGGGACGCGUGGACCGCCAUACAGAGAGAGUGGAAGUGCUGCGGCGUGACCAGGCCGGACGACUGGUCCCGCGUCAUGCCCGAGAACGUCGUUCCCGACAGCUGCUGCCAGCAGGUUCGUCCCAACUGUGGACGCAACGCAUCCAACACCUUCUGGACACACGGCUGCUAUGAGAAGGUGGAGCAGUGGGUGGAUGAAAACAAACACCUGCUGGGGACGAUCGCCAUGUGUGUCUUGGUCGUACAGCUGCUGGGCAUGGCCUUCUCCAUGACGCUCUACCAACAGAUCCACCGAGCAGGAAAGAAAUACCAGGCUUGACACGCUUCACCUUCCACAUGAGAGCCGGUUAUCUUGUUUACCACUGUUACGAUUUUAUUAUUCUAUCUAUGCACUCAAUUAUUGUGUUGAAUAGCAUUUAAAAUAGUUUCUAUCCUUCUUUUUUUAUCAAUAAGCAUAGACUGAAGAUAUAUUGGGACAGUAGAUCUGGUUUAAAGCCCUGCCUGUGGAAAAUGACCGUCAUCAACUAACAUGUUCAUUAAAAGCUAAAUGUCACCAA